AUGGAUCUCGCUAAGACUCUCAUCCGGACCGUGGUGCGGGCCUUUUAUGAGACUAGGCACAUCCUGGUCGUGGAUGCGCUUUUCCUGCACUCGGUACUCCAUGCCGAAGACCUCGCCUUUCUCAUGGGAAUGCAACAGAAAGACCUGCGAAAGCUUUGCGCACGCCUGCGCGAGGACCGCUUGAUCGCCGUGAGCACCCGCGCUGAAAUUCGUGAUGGAUCAACUCGCCCGGUCAACCGUGAAUACUACUACAUCCCUCUGCACCCCAUCGUCGAUGCGAUCAAGUACAAAGUCUCCAAGCUCACCUCGACAAUCAAGGAGCAAUACACUCCCAGCGAGGAGCGAAAGGAGUACAUCUGUCUCCGAUGCGGGGAAGAAUGGACCGAACUUGACGUCCUCAGUUUGGUAACUGACGAAGGAGAAUUCGAAUGCCAAAAUUGCGGCGCCAUUCUCGAACGUACCGAAGACAUCAAGGGCGUUGAGGGAAUCGACCGGACCGGCCACGAAAAGAACAGCAAGCUGAUGGCCCAACUGGACAACAUGCUCAAGCUGCUCAAGCAGAUUGACACCAUCGAAAUCCCCCCCAACGACUUCGAUUCUGCCUGGGAUCACAAGGUGGAGGUCGCGCGUAACCACCACACCCAUCCCGUUCGCGCCGCAGUUCCCGUUCCUCCCAAGCCGCAGGAUACCACACGCGUCAGUGCCAAGACCGACGCUGCGGCAUUGCAAAUCUCCCUUACCUCCAGCGCCGAGAAGAGCGCUGCCGAGCAGGCCGAGGAGGCGGCCCGAAAGGCCGAAGUCGAGAAGCAGAAUGCCCUCCCCGUUUGGCACACCCAUUCGACCGUCAGCGAGCCUCGUGCUGGUGCCGCCACGGCCAAGAACGAGGCCGGUGUCUCCGUCAAGUCGGAAGCUCAGGAAGACACAAAGCCCGCAAUUGAUGAGCUUGACGACAAGGUCGCCGCGUACUACCGCGAAAUGGAGCGGGAGAAGGCACUCCAGGCACAGGAGGACGAGAGCAGCGGAGAGGAGUCAGAUGAUGUCGACGAAUUCGAGGACGUGGGUGUAUCCGGCCAGAGUGGACCAGGAACCCCGGCCACCGGAGCUGGUCCAACCAGCGCCCAGACUCCUUCCAGCAUGGCGGGUGUCAAGCGUGAACACGAUACGGCCUCUAGCGGAGCGCCCUCGUCUGCUGGUACUCCGUCUGCGCCCGCUGAGGAUGGACCUGCGAGCAAGAAGGUCAAGACUGACCCUGAUGUGAAGGAGGAGGCAGGUGUCAAGAGUGAGCCUUUCAUCAAGCCUGAUCCGGAGGCUAAGACCGAGCCGGAUGUCAGGGAGAUCAAGGAUGUUAAGGAGGAAGAGGAGGAGUCUGACGAAGACGAAGAGGAGUUCGAGGACGUUUAG